GACCCAGUGGUAUUUGGCGGAAGUCUUCGUAUGAACCUUGACCCAUUUGGUGAAAGGUCAACAGAGGAACUGUGGGAUGCUCUUCAGUGCUCUCAUCUGGCCACAUUUGUAGAAAGCCUUCCUGGCAAGCUGGACUAUGAAUGUGGAGAGGGAGGCAAAAAUUUCAG